UGCCCUCUUCAGCUCUCUGGGUCCUGGCCCCAGGCCUCGCUCAGCUCCUGGCUCCGGCCCCUCCGGGACGAUGGCUCCUUGCGCCAAACUUGCCUUGGUCUCCUUCUGGGUCCUGUCGCUCCGCUCCGCCACCUUGGCUGGGAUUCACCAUGUCUCCUGUUUCCAGCUCAUCUCCCCGUGGGCAGCCCCUGGUCUGCCCAAGCGGCUGGAUGUGACAAGGGUGAAUGUCCUGGUGUGCUCAGCCUAUGACAGCAACACCGGCAGGCUGGCUCCCCGCAGUGGCUACAAACCGGACAGCCAGGAGUCCUGGAGUGCAGGCAAAUGCAUGCUCUGGGAGUCCUGGGUGGAGACCAAGUACCAGGCCCUGGUGCAGGAGGUGAACACCAGUUCCCCACAGGGAGAGCCCUACUACAUGCAGAUCCUGAAGACUUGUGAGCUGGACGAUGCCACCGGUGCCGUCCGAGCCGUCACGAGAUAUUCCCUCAACGGGGAGGACGUGCUGCGGUACCAGUCCGACCAGAACCGCUGGUUCUCGGAGCACCCGGCAGCCUGGCGAGUGGCGGAGCGCUGGAACCGUGAAGGGGAGACUUUCACUGCGUGGAACCUCAUCCAGCCCCAGCAUUGCAGGUUCAUGAUCGAACUCGCUCUGCCUUUCAUCGCUCAGAAGACAGCCCAGCCCACAGUGCAUGUGGCCCUUGUCCCAGGGACCCAGGACCGGCCGCGCCGCCUCGUCUGCCACGUGACGGGGUUCUAUCCCCGCGACAUCGAGGUGAUCUGGGAGCGGGGAGGCCAAGUGGCCCAGGGGGAGCAGCUGACCAGUGGCAUCCUGCCCAAUGGGGACUUAACCUUCCAGAUCCAGGUGUCCAUCGAGCUGGGGCAGAAGGGGGUUGGCCCUGCAGAACAUGUGUGUGUGGUGAGACACAGCAGCCUGGGGCAUGACCCGCUAAGGGUGACCUGGGAUUCCCAGGUCACAGGCCAGACUGGUGUGCCGGCAAUCGUUGCUGGGUGCAUCCUCGCUGCCUUGGGAGUCGUGGCCCUGGGCUGGUACCUGAGAAGGAGGUGGCGGCUAGGGGCCCAGAAGGGGCCGUAUCGCACGGCACAGACACAGCCAGGGACUCUCGACUCUGCUCCAGCCAUAGCUAAGCCAGCAGGAAACUCCUUGUUCACAGCAUCUUCUUGCCCAGAUGCCACCGAGUGACCAGACUCAGAGCCGGCUGUGCCAGGGCCAUCGGAUUUGACUGGAGCUACAUGGAGCAUCCGUGGUGAAGGGGAUGUGCUGGGGGAUCAAAUAUUGCUCAUUUAAUGGAUCAAGUACUUCUGCUGCUCGCUUCUGUUCAAAUGCUUAGUCAUGUUCCCUCAGCAUCUCUCUGUCAGCUUGCUUUCUGAGCAACACACCAGUCCCAGACAGCUUGGCUCCCCUGCUGAUUCCACCAAGCUGCUUUCGAUUUCACUGCUACUUCACCUUGGCAGGCUUAUGCAUUUUAAAAGUUUCCUUCUUUAUCCACCAUAAAGCCUUUGAGUAAUUUGUAACCAUUUUUGACCAAACUCCACUGACUGCAGACUUGUAAAAUUUUACACUUGGCAUGUUAAUCAACUAAAUAUUGUGAAACAAUAUUUUCAAUAGACGUAACCCUAAGCUACUUGUUGGAUUUGUUUUUAAUCAAGGGCAUUUCAAUCUUUUAUACAAUUGCUUAGUUUUAAUAUAAUUAUUCUUUUUCCAUUUUCAUAUCACUA